AUGACCAUGGAUGGUUCUUUCCCUGCGGGGCAUGAUGGGCGUAGCUUGCUCAAGGAUAUGCCUUCCUCAAUCAAGAGGUAUCGAUACCAAGGGAAGGAACACUUUUUUCGCAUCAAAAACAUUGAACUCGAUCGUUUCGAGAAUUCAACGCCUGAUUCUGACACCGAAGACAUUGUCAACGAAUACAUAUUGUUUGAAAUCAGCAAACCGAUUCUCGAACGUGAUUUCCUCGCACCUGACCGUGACGGACCACUAUUCCUAUUCUCUUCUUUCGAUACCAUGCAGAACCUCCUUCUAGUCAGGAUGACAACUAGGAAGCAUAGCCAGGCCAUAGAGGCCUUUGGAUAUGCAAUAAUGGACCAGUUGAGUCGUAUGGGUCUGAGAUCUAUCGUGGAAACCUUCUCAGGAACGGCAAUCAAGGCUGGGGCAUCCGGCAAACAAGGGGACCACGGCUGGAGUCCUCUCCGACCGCCCUGUGGAUAUCCCCACCAUCCGACAGUUGUUUUAGAGGUAGCAGUCUCGGAAACCAAGGCCAAAUUGGAACGGGAUGUGCUGUUUUGGCUUGAUCCCGAAAGAGGGAACGCCAACAUUGCCAUAACCCUGAAAGUCAAUCGAAAGAAGCCUGUCAUAACCAUCCAGAAAUGGGAAUGGCUGUACGAAAGCCCCCGAUCUACCCAAGAAAUCAUUAUCGCCGAGGACACAACAGGAGAAAAUAUCACUGUGUCAAAACAUCCUCUAGUCAUUCCAUUCCAUCUCCUGAUGCGGCGACAAGCCUCUACUCCUGUAGAGUCUGAUAUCACCAUCGAAAUGGCAGAUCUCAAGGAGAUUGCACAGCGCAUAUGGAAUGUCCAAGACUUUUGA